CUUCCACCUUCGCGUGCUCGUUCAUCGUCUUCGUCGAAGAGGGAGGGAGAAAAAAAAAAUGGAGAAGAACAGGGUGUGCACGAUCUGCAACAGGCGAUUCGCCAACGGCAAAGCCAUGGGAGGCCACAUGAGAUCUCACUUCGCGAAGCUCCCUCUCCCUUCCAAGCAGCCUCACGUCCAGUCCGAGCCGACCCCGCUGCCGGCUCUCUCUUCGUCUCCCCUGCACCGGGAUCGAAACAACGUCACCUCAAAGGACUUCCGUCUCUCGCUGAAGAUUUAUCAUCCUCUCGACCGAUCUGCCAAGUCCGAAUCAUCCUUCAUCGCCAGCACCGAUCCUGCCCUCCACGACAAGGGGAGCGAAGCCGAGUCGCAGAGGAACCUGAAGGGGAGGAGAUCGAGCCGGCGCUGUAAGCCGCCGAGGGCUGAGACGUCGGAGCAGGUGAGUUCGGUCUCCGAGAAUUUUUCCGCCGACGAAGAUGUCGCGCUGUGUCUUUUGAUGCUAUUGCGAGAUAGCUGGACCAGAAAGGGCAAGGGAGUAGGUCGAGAAGUCGUCGACGAAUCAGCUGAGGAUGACGAGAAGGACAACGAAGAUGAUGGCGACGGCGACGGCGACGGCGAUGAGUCUUUUAGAGCUACCCGGGCGAACCAUCGACAUCAUCCCAAGUACAGGUGUGAGACAUGCAACAAAGUGUUUAGAUCUUACCAAGCGUACGGUGGGCACAAGGCCAGCCAAAGCCACAAGCGGAUGAAAGUGCUUGACGGUGGAGAAAAGGAGGGAGGCAAUGGCGGUGCAAAAACCAAAACUUUAACUGAUCAGAGAUUGUUCAAGUGCCCAUUUUGCGACAAAGUGUUCGAUUCUGGUCAAGGGCUCGGAGGCCACAAGAAAGUUCACUUCUUUAACAGUGCAGGAAGUAAGAGCAGCAACAACAACAGGAACAACAACGUUGCUAUGACUAAGGUCGGAGAGUGUAGGAUAGACCUUAACCUACUACCAUCACCGGAAGAAGAAGAAGGCAGUCAUGAGCCGCCAGAGUCUUCUGAUGUUUCCAGUCAGUGA